AUGGAAAAACACGUUGUUGAACGCAUUUGUCAGCGUGUACUUGUUGAAGUGCUUAAUCUGAAUCCUGUUGCUAUUCCAGAACCUACUCGAGCUAUUUGGCCACAAUGGAAGAAACAAGAGAAGCAACAAGUGAGCCUUCGUGUCCUUAGUCUGAAUGCAUGGGGUCUUCCAGUAGCUCCCAAGUGCACGGAGCGAGCAGUUAAGAUUGCUAAUGCAAUCUCAAGUGCCUAUGAGCUCGUUGUCCUGCAGGAAAUUUGGCAUAUUCGAGAACGACAUCUUAUUAUUUCGAAAGCGCAAGAAAAUGGACUGCAUUAUUACCAUUAUUUUAAUCCAGCAGUGGGGUUUCCAUUUCCAAUGGGAGCAGACUCUUUUGGUACAGGACUCUUAGUCUUGUCGAAGUUUCCAAUUUCUAGUGCAUUGUAUCAUUCUUUUGGUCUUAGUGGAAGACCUUAUGCCCUUCAUGAGUUGGAUUUUGUAGCGAAUAAAGGUGUUGGUUUGCUUCGGAUUGAAACACCAGCGGGACAAAUUGACGUGUACGUGACCCAUUUACUUGCGAAUUACAAUGUAGGAGGAAAACCUGGAACUGGGGAUUUCUAUCAAUCGCACCGAACGGGUCAGAGCUACGAACUAACGCAGUUUAUUUCAGCUACGAAUAUGAAUCCAUUAGCUAUUGUUUGUGGAGAUUUUAAUUCAUCUCCUGCUUGUUUAGAGCUGAAAGUACCACGACAAUUGCUGUCUCUACGAGAUGCAUUUACCGAUGCAAAUGAUGAGAAGGACGGGUUAACGUUUGCAUCACCUGAGAACAAGUACUCACAUGGUGAUUACCCCAUGCGCAUGGACUAUGUCAUGUACAAGGUUAAUAAACAACCGACGGAUGAAUCGGCUUGGCAUUUGGUAAAUAGCAGCAUCUUUAAAGGCUUCUUCAUCGAUGCUCGAGGCGAAAAAACACCCUUGUCAGAUCACUUUGGCGUCAGUGCAGAGUUUACGUAUAGUGAACUUAGACCGCAUAAUUGCGAGCAACGGGAUGAUUUUGAUGUUGUGUCUACGAACGAAGUAGAACCAUUACUUUCGAAGGUGGUAGAGCGGUCGUGGCCAACGACGACGUGCUCAAACUGCGACGAACAAGAGCGAGAGCAGAGCAAGGAGGACAAGGCUGCUGCAGACGCUGCGUGCCUCCAAGAGGUACUGCACAUACUUUAUGCUGGCCGCAAUCAAGCGAUCGCAGCACGCCAAACUCGACUCCGGCGUGCCGUGACGUUCUUCGGAGCGGCUCUAGCGGUUUUUAUAACCCAAAUGAUGUCAAUUGUGGUAUCAAACUGGUCCUGGGUCGCCGUGCUGCUGUUGGUUAUGAUCAGUGUGACUGAGUACGUCUUGGCCUUCUUUUUUCUUACGUUUGAGUGCUCAACGUUUACUGAGCUCACCAACCAGGUGCAAUUACAUCUCCACGUACACGCGCAUCGGACAAAGGAGAUGAUUGUGUCGAAAGGUAGACAUUGA